CAGAAGUGCUGGAGAAUUCAGAAGUGAAACUUGUCUUGAAAAUGAGUAAUCAUAAUAGGAUUUCUCCUACUCCGCGUGUAGUUCUUCCAGCGCCUACUGAUGGAGUAGAAACGAUUAAUUUAGAAGAGAGGAAUUCUUCAUCACAGAUAAAUAGUUCGUCAAAGAUUCUACCAGUUAGGAAAAGAACAGAUUCAAAACUUAAGAAUGUCCAAAGGAAAUUGAUGACUUUGGGCAACGGGAAAAGAUUUUCAACUAAUAUCGAUGACAAAGUAUACGCUCUACUCUCCUCUAUGGAGGAUGAUGAAACUCAACAUCUUCUCUGUUCACAAAAAAACACUCGAAGACAUAAGAUGUUUGGGAAACUAGUGGAAAAAGUAUCUACUUUAACGAGCAGAUCUCAUUUGUUAACUGACUCUUCGAAAAAGCUGAAAGGUUGGGCCGCUUUUAAGAAUAGACAAAAAUUGUUUUGGAAUAAAGUUGGAACCAGAUACAAGGAAGUGUCUCAAAGUUUUGAAAUAUGGAGAGCUUCUAUAAAAACUAUCGAAGGCCAAUUUGGACCAGCCGUCUCUUCUUAUUUCGCUUUCUUAAAAUGGCUUUUCUUUCUUAAUCUAUACAUCUUCCUUAUCAGCUUUUGCUUUAUAAUCAUACCGCAAAUUAUUUAUAAUGAUAAAGUUGAUUACUCAACGUCCGAUACUAGUACUACUGCAGUAUGCAGUCGAAGAUACAAGGAUUCUGUUGUUGUUAUGAAAAAUGAUACAGCUCAAUUAGUUUUGGAUUUUCUUCAAGGAACCGGCUGGAUGGAGAAAACACUCCUUUUCCAUGGAUAUUACUCGGAUAAGAAUCUAUUGGCGGGACAAUCCUACAACCUUCCAUUAGCUUUUAUUAUGGUCGUUAUAGCUUACUUGAUAAUGAGUUUAAUUUUAAUGGCCAGACAGGCGUCAAGUGCAUUGAAAACUGCAGCAUUGGGUGAAGAACAUCAAUUUUAUCCGUACUGCAAUUUAAUCUUAUCUGCGUGGGAUUACUCUUUAACUGACGAUGACGCUAUAGUCUUGAAACGGAAAUCCAUACUUCACGAAUUAAACUCCUCGUUCCAAGAGAGAGAAAGAAAACUAAAGAGAGAGAACACUUCCAAAUGUGCACUUUAUACCAUUCGAUUUCUGGCAAACUUUUUAGUUAUUGGAUUAUUGGCUGGAUCUGGAUACCUCAUUUAUUACAGUAUGACAAAGGCCACAGAGCUUAAAGAACAAUCGAAUUAUGAGGAAAAGAAUAAAUUCAUUAAGCUUCUCUUUGAAUUUUUACCAUCUUUAAGUAUAACCUUUCUAAAUGUGCUUCUACCUCUGAUUUUUCAAAAACUGGUAAUUGUUGAGAAUUAUACACAAGAUACAGAAAUUUUACUGACAUUAGCCAGGACAGUAUUUCUACGUCUAGCUUCUGUUGCCGUUCUCCUGGCAACGUUAUACGGCCAAGUGACAUGCUCACCGAAAGAUGCAAAUGAUUGUAAUGUUGGAGUGAAAGACGAUUGUCCAGUGCUAAGGUGCUGGGAAUCGUACGUUGGGCAGCAAUUGUAUAAGCUUGUACUUACCGAUUUCAUUGCCGCCUUUUUUAUAACAUUCUUUGUGGAAGUGCCAAGAAAAUUGAUCGUAACAAAAUGUAACUGCAAAUUAAGUCAACUAGUUGGUCAGCAAGAAUUCGAGAUAUCCAAAAACGUUCUAGAUCUGGUUUAUGGUCAAACUCUUUGCUGGUUAGGAGCAUACUUUUCUCCGCUUAUCCCUACAAUUGCAUUUGUGAAGACAUUCCUCUUAUUUUAUAUUAAAAAAUUCACCUGUCUAUUCAAUUACGCUCCAUCAACAAGACUAGUUAAAGCAUCUAAAUCUCAAACUUUCUUCACAGUUGUACUAAUGUCAGCGUUUCUAAUGUGCUGCAUUCCAAUUGGUUAUAUUAUAUGGCAAAUUCCUCCAUCAAAAGGCUGUGGGCCAUUCAGAUUAUACUCAAGCGCGUUUAAAAUUGUUUCAUUAACAAUUGACGGCUUUCCCAAAGUUUUUGACGCCAUAUUUACGUUUAUCGGAUCGGCUGGAGUUGUUGCUCUAAUAUUUGUUUGUUUAUGCCUGGGAAUUUAUUAUCAUGCAACGAUGAAUGAAUUAAAUCGAAAGAGAGUUAUUGUACUCCGGGAACAAAUGGCAAGGGAAGCCCAAGACAAGGCUUACUUGAUGAUUAAGAUAAACGAACACUCUAAUACAAACGUUGUGUCGAGAAACUACGGGGAUCAAAUCUAA